AGAGAAAAAAAAAACAAAAAAAGGGGGUUCAAAGACAGAGCAAAAGGGUAGCUGUGAAGUGAGUUCACUGUACGGUUAGCUGGUUUCUUUCUUUGAGAUCAAAGACUCGAAAAGGCCAUUUUAAUGAGUUAAUCUUUACCGGAAAUGGAAGGGCAGGCCGCCAAACAAGCGCUUCUCCUUUUCUUUUUCCUUUUUCUUCACUCUCUCCUCUUCGAUUGCGCUCUCUCCGAAAUCUUCUUCGAAGAACGCUUCGAAGAUGGGUGGAAGAGCAGAUGGGUAUUAUCAGAUUGGAAAAGGAGUGAGGGAAAAGCCGGCACCUUCAAGCACACUGCAGGCAAGUGGUCCGGCGAUCCUGAUGAUAAAGGUAUUCAGACAUAUAAUGAUGCCAAACAUUAUGCUAUCUCUGCUAAGAUACCAGAGUUCAGCAACAAGAACAGAACUCUAGUGGUUCAGUAUUCUAUUAAGUUGGAACAAGACAUUGAAUGUGGUGGUGGUUACAUUAAGCUUCUCUCUGGUUAUGUAAACCAGAAGAAAUUUGGUGGUGACACGCCUUACAGUGUGAUGUUUGGACCAGAUAUUUGUGGCUCACAGACCAAAAAGCUCCAUCUUAUACUAUCUUACCACGGGCAGAAUUAUCCUAUUAAAAAGGAUUUACAAUGUGAAACAGACAAGCUAACUCACUUUUACACAUUUAUUCUAAGGCCUGAUGCCUCAUAUAGCAUCCUCGUUGAUAAUAGAGAGAGAGAAUCCGGAAGCAUGUAUACUGAUUGGGAAAUCCUUCCUCCACGGAAAAUCAAGGAUGUUAAAGCCAAAAGGCCUGCAGACUGGGAUGAUAGAGAAUACAUUGACGAUCCUAAUGAUGUCAAACCAGAGGGAUAUGAUUCAAUUCCUGCUGAGAUUCCAGAUAGAAAGGCAAAAGAGCCUGAUGACUGGGACGAAGAACUGGAUGGUAUUUGGAAGCCACCUAAGAUCCCAAAUCCAGCAUACAAAGGACCCUGGAAGCGCAAGAAAAUCAAGAACCCCAACUAUAAGGGAAAAUGGAAAACUCCAUGGAUUGAUAACCCUGAGUUUGAGGAUGAUCCGGACCUUUAUGUGCUGAAACCAAUAAAAUAUGUGGGUAUUGAAGUCUGGCAGGUAAAGGCUGGUUCCGUUUUUGACAACAUAUUGAUUUGUGAUGACCCGCAAUAUGCAAGACAAGUUGUAGAAGAUAUCUGGGCCAAGAAUAGGGAGGCUGAAAAGGAGGCCUUUGAAGAAGCAGAGAAAGAAAGAAAAGCUCGGGAAGAGGAGGAAGCUCAAAGAGCAAGGGAGGGGGGUGAAAAGAGGAGAAGAGAGAGGGACCAUCGAUAUGGAGACAGGAGGCACCGAAGAAGGCACGAUCCCCGUGAUUAUUUGGAUGAUUACCAUGAUGAACUAUGAGGUGUCUGCUGCUAUUUCACAAAUUUUAUGAUUCACUUGAAUGGAAAAAAAAGAAAAAAAAAGAAAGAAAAGUAAAGCAAUGCUGCCACCUUGAGAGAAGCAGCAUUGGUUUCUCUGUCUGAAGCAUGUCCGGUCCCGGUUGUUGUAUAAUUGUUGUUGUAACAUUAUUGUUGCACUAAUAUGAAAUCCCAAAGCUGAAAAAAUCUGGAGCUGGAAUGAAUGAUGCAGUCUUAUGCUUUGCAUCAGCAUUCAACUAAUAAAUACUGAUUUGUAAGCAGUCUGUUACUCUGGCUUUUGCACUAUUAAACUGCCCUGUUCCGUUGUCAAUCCUAAUGCACUUAUAUUAUAAAUAUCAUCCAUAAUUUAUUUCAUCUCA